CCGCCCCCUCCCCAUCCCCAUCCAGCGGUGAUCGGUGGUUCGGUGUGUGAUUGUUCUCCCUGGCCGGUUCCUUUGCUCUGUCAGCGCCGUGCUGUCCUGUUGCUAAGAUGGCGAUGGCGGCGUUGCCAGCGGAGGCCCAGCUGGACGGGCUGCUGGAGCUGGACCCUUACCUGGAGUCGUACAGCAAGGACCUGCGGCGGAGGUACAAUAAAUUUGUAAGUUUGGCAAGAAGUAUUGAAGAGAAUGAAGGAAGCCUAGAGCAGUUUUCCCGCAGCUAUGAAACCUUUGGUGUCAACCGAUUGGCUGAUGGUGGAAUUUACUGCAAGGAGUGGGCUCCAGGAGCAAAUUCUGUGUCCCUUGUUGGAGAAUUCAAUGGCUGGAACUCUUCUUCACAUUGUUACAAGAUGUUGCCAUUUGGGAAAUGGGAGCUGUACAUCCCACCCAGAGCUGAUGGGUCAUCGCUGAUAGCCCAUGGAUCAAAGCUUAAGGUGGUGAUGGUGUGUAAAACUGGCCAGCAGCUAUAUCGCAUUUCUCCCUGGGCACGCUAUGUGAUACGUGAGCAGAAUUCCUCUACUUACGAGUGGGUGCAUUGGGAUCCACCCCAACAAUAUGAGCGCAAGUAUCCUCAUCCUCCGAGACCAAACAGUGUAAGAAUCUAUGAAGCACAUGUUGGAAUUGCAUCGCCUGAGGGGAAAAUUGCCUCUUAUAAGAACUUCACACACAAUAUGCUGGUCAGAAUUAAGAAGCUAGGUUAUAACUGUAUCCAGCUGAUGGCUGUAAUGGAACAUGCCUACUAUGCCAGUUUUGGUUAUCAAGUUACCAGCUUCUUUGCUGCUUCAAGUCGCUUUGGAACUCCUGAUGAGCUGAAGGAACUGGUUGACACAGCUCACUCAAUGGGACUGUUUGUGCUACUGGAUGUUGUCCACAGCCAUGCAUCGAAAAACACACAGGAUGGUCUCAACUUGUUUGACGGGACUGAUGACUGCUUCUUCCACUCUGGAGCCCGUGGCACUCACUUGCUGUGGGACAGCCGACUUUUUAACUAUUCAAACUGGGAAGUACUGAGAUUCCUGCUAUCUAAUCUGCGCUGGUGGGUGGAAGAGUAUUAUUUUGAUGGCUUUCGAUUUGAUGGAGUGACGUCUAUGUUAUAUCAUCACCAUGGCAUAAGUACGACCUUUUCUGGAAAUUACAGUGAAUAUUUUGGGCUUCAAGUUGAUGAGGACUCUUUAGUCUAUCUCAUGCUGUCAAACUAUAUGCUUCAUAGCUUCUAUCCAGACUUCAUCACUGUAGCAGAGGAUGUGUCAGGAAUGCCCACAUUGUGUCGGCCUAUCAUUGAAGGAGGUGGUGGUUUUGAUUAUCGUUUGGCAAUGGCUAUUCCUGACAAGUGGAUCCAGAUAUUGAAAGAGUUGAAAGAUGAAGACUGGAACAUGGGUAAUAUUAUCUACACAUUAACAAACCGGCGAUAUGGAGAGAAGUGUAUCGCCUAUGCCGAGAGCCAUGACCAGGCCCUUGUUGGAGACAAGACAUUAGCAUUCUGGUUAAUGGACGCUGAGAUGUACACGAACAUGAGUGUUCUGACUCCCUUCACGGUGGUCGUAGACCGUGGCAUACAGUUACACAAAAUGAUCCGACUCAUCACACACGCUUUGGGAGGAGAGGGAUACUUGAAUUUCAUUGGCAAUGAAUUUGGGCACCCUGAAUGGCUGGACUUCCCGAGAAUAGGAAACAAUGAAAGUUACCAUUAUGCCAGACGGCAGUUUGAUCUUCUGGAUAAUCACCUCCUUCGUUACCAGCAGCUGAAUGCUUUCGAUGCAGACAUGAAUAAUUUGGAAGAGAAAUAUGGUUGGCUUGCAGCGCCACCAGCCUACGUGAGUGAGAAACAUGAGGGGAACAAGGUGAUUGCCUUCGAGCGUGCAAAUCUUCUUUUUAUCUUCAACUUCAACCCUGAAAAGAGUUUCCCCGACUACAGAGUGGGAAUAGAUCGACCUGGGAAAUAUAAAAUUGUUCUGGACACUGACUCAACAGACUAUGGUGGUCAUGGUCGAUUAAACCAUAACACAGAGUUCUUCACAGAUGCCCAAAUUCAAAACAAUCGUCCCAACUCUGUGCUGGUGUAUAUUCCCAGCAGGACUGCCAUCAUUCUCGCUAACAUGGACAUUCACAAAUGAAGGCAGGAGAACUCAGCAGGCUGUCCAGAAUGUUGGUGCCAAAAAGGACGAAUCAGAAAAGCUGUUUCACAACUUACCCCCCCCCCCCCCACCCCACCCCACCCCACCCUAAAACCACCAGCAAUGUCAAAGCCCUAGUCAUCAACAACUGGUGAACGUCUGUAAAUUCCAUUUGUUUGUUUAUUGUAAAUUGUGAGUACAAGUGUCAUCCCAUCUCGGCAGUUGAGCUGGAUGUAUAGCUGUCUUUCUCUCUCACUUACUUUGCCUGUGUGUCAACUCUACCCGAUAUUAGUUUACAGAGGUUGAUGGGAUUGCUGCUUGGCUCUCAAGGUAAAUAUUAAAACAGCCCAGCAGUUCUCUUUGAACUAGCUGGAAAGGAGGAGAGAAACUCACUGACACCAGCAUAGGAAUCAUAAACUUCUGUACUGACUUAAGGAAAGAGUGCACCCCACUGACAGGGUGUUAGAAGGAUCUUGAGGAUUACUUUUGCACUUCUUGCAUUAUUGGAAAAUUCAUAUCACUCAUUGAGUCAAACGAGAAUUAUGUAGAGCAAUUCUUGGCCAUCUGCUCCCUGCAAGCUUCUGAAAGGUUUUUCAACAAGCCUCUGUCUGGAAUAAAGGUACUGAAGAUCAGAGCUGAUUGUUUCAGAUUUAUUCACCCCCAGUUAGAGUCCUUCACCCCAGUCGCACGGGAUUUGCCCCCUUUUUCCUUCUGAUUGGUGUGAAGGUGUUGGAAACAUGUCACUGUGUAGUGAACCUUCUUUACUAGCUUUAUGUACCCCUCAAUCCCCACACCUGCCCCAACAUACAUAUACACACUGUCUGAGUCAACUUUUGGCGGUAGAAUUAUACCAAUGGACCAGGCUGAUGAGGGAGAAAUUCUCUCUUCAUAAAGUAUUUUGCCUUUUUAAUUCAUAGAAACUGUUUGAAUAAUGGAGUGUUACAUUGUACAGCAGUAGAGGACAAAAUUCAAAUUAAAAGUAACUGAAUAAACUUUAUCAUUGUACAAGUUUGAAAAGUAGAACAUGGAAUAAAUAAAAUAUGAGAUAUUGCAAUGAGAGGUCGCUUGGAUAUCUGUGUUUGAACCAACUUCUCAAUUCUUCAUUAAAUUCUCGCAAGCACAGAGGCAGAGACUGAUAACUGUACCCAUGUUGCUCCAAUAUUAAACACAUAUCUUGCAGUA